AGGUUGGGGGGGUGCUCGCAAGGUGGCGCUGUAACCUAGCAGGCGCGCUGUUCUCGUUUGGUACAGUUUCACAGCUGCAGGAAGCGGUGUGCUGUGGGAUGACACUCUGAUAGGAAGUACUUCGUACCAUAUUUACUACAUUUCUGGUUACAUUUUAAAACGAUAAUACUACAUUGUACGAGAUUGGAAGCGCCGGGGCCGAGUGGUUUAAUUGUUUUUAGGAAAUUACAUUUCUUUCGGAUUGUGUUAUCCACAUGUGUCGGUUUCCUGUUUAGUUUCUUCAGUGAGUAUUUUUUCUAUUUUGGUAAGAAGAAUACUGAAUUAGAUUAAAUAUGAAUAAAGGACCUGGUUUGCGUCUUGCCAAGCAGCCAAACAAAGGUCUUUGUCAAAACAGUUCAAACGCGAAAUGCGUGUCCCAGUUCGAAGAGGAGCUACGCUUGCCUUUUUCUGACUUUAUAAAUAAGUUGGACAGGAGCAUUAAUAUCGGCGUGUCUUUUUCUGAAGAAGAACGAGACUGCACCAUCGAUUACACGGUGAAAACCGCUGUCGAGACUGUCGUUCAUGUCAUUAAAAAACUCGACAACGCCAGGAUUCACAACCUACAGAUGAGGACGUCUGAGAAGGAGAAAGAAAACGAACUCCUGCGGGUGAGAUUGGAAACCACCGAGAAGGAAAUGCUAGCGAUGCGGCAGUAUAUAAACAGCGUGCAUUCAAAUAUGAAGCCUUCUCCGGUAAACACACAUUUAAAUGUAACGUGCACUCAAAUCGAUAACGCCCGGCUUAUCAAUCCGGACAGUGUGCAAAUCGGUAGCCGACAUCGCAGUGAAGCAGGUCCGUCAAAGGGACAGAAAGAGUGCCAGUAUGGAUUUGAGAGUAAUCCUGUAAAUCGGGGCUUAAACUACAGUUCAGCAACAGAUAACAUAUGCGAGAAGAGGCUUGGCACAUGGACAAGAAAUGAAAGCGCAUGGGGAAGCGAGGGAGCAGGCCCAGAAAAUAUCAAAUCUGUGUUGGAACCUCUUUGCAUUAAGGAAGAAGUUUCGCUUCAAGAUUGUUCUGAAAUUCCAAGUGAAGUUCCCAAGCAGGUAUCUGUACAGUGUGAUGAAGAUUCCUUACAGCAGGGAUUAUUUGGGAAUCGAUGUAAUAUUCCUGCACCGAAAUCAGCUAACACUCAAGAAGAGGUCCCUGAGUUUGAGUCUGUCCAGAUUAAAGAAGAGUCCCCUGAAUUUGACACUGUACGCAUCUCCUGGGAAGUGUCUGAAGAAAGCCAUUUUAAUGUACGGAAGGAGAACACUGCCUCGGGGUCUGAACAGUGCAACGCGCUCCUCUUUAAUCAGGUGAAUCCAGACAGGCAUGGCAACAAAGAGAGUGGCAGUCACAGGAUCACGGGAAGCUUUGAGCAAAACUUGGCUAACAUUCAGAGGGGUGAAGAACCGAUGUCUUCCACGUCCAAUGUACUAUGCAGGUCUUUGGCAGCAGAGAAACAGCGGCGCUACCGGGAGAGACUAAAGGCAGACCCAGAAAGAGCAAGGGAACACCGGGAAAAGGAUCUGAUUAGGCCUGGCUGUCUUCCCAAUGGGAUGGAGUACACGCUGUCAGAUCAGGACUCUGCUGUUUCUGUGGGUGCCCUGAGCCAACAACAGCUUUAUCGACAGACAUUACAAAAAACGGGACGCUAUGAAGAGUACAAGAUGAAGCAAGCAAGAAGAAAUGCAGCCUGGCGUAAGAGAGAGAAGACAGUGGAACAGAAGGAAAGGGAGCGAGAGCUGGGAAGGAUAAGGACGAGGCGUUACCGAGAGAGACUGAGAGCUACAAUAGAAUAUAUGAAAAACAGAAAUGGAAAUGGGCUGGAUUCAUUUGGUUUUGAAGAAAAGAUUUUGUUGUCUAAAUAAAAAAAAAAAUGUAAUUGAUUUUGUUUAUUAUUAUUAUUAUUAUUAUUAUUAUUAUUAUUAUUGAAAGAUCCAUUUUCUAAAUCUGUAUUUAAAUUAUACUUUUUUUUUUGUCAAUGUAUUCAUUUUUUUGUUUUAAGUUCUGGUUUUCACACAUACGAAAUCAAAUACAAAACAUUUAUCUGUUCAGCACCCCAAAUAAUUCUAGGGUUGAAAGUUCUUGUGGGGGGGGGAGGAAGCAGGAUCAGAAAUGUACAAAAGAAGGUCAUCAGCAUGCAACGAGACCUUCUGCGUCCGCCCCUCACUGACUACACCCUGUGUGCCAUGGUUGCUGCGUAUUGCAAUAGACAGAGGUUCAGUUGCAAUGGUAAAUGAAAGUGUAGAGAGAGGCCACCCCUGCCUGGUCCCACGGUGGAGAGGAAAGUGUUCUGAAUGUGUGUUAUUGGUAUGUAUUGAGGCAAGAGGAGAUACAUACAGUAGUGUUAUCCAGUUAAUAAUAUUGGGACCAGAGCCAAAUUUCUGCAAGGUCAUCAAAAGAUAAUCCCACUCAACGCGAUCAAAAAGCCUUCUCUGCGUCAAGAGAGAGAGUAUCUCAGGCACAGGCGAGUCCGAGGGGAAUAUAGCAUAUCAAAGAGAUUAAAGUACAGCUGACUACACUGAACAAAGCCUGUUUGGUGUAGAGAGAUUUAUGGGGGGGAGAACCGAUUAGACGCGUCGAGCUAAAGCUUUGGCAAGUACUGUAACAUCUGCAUUAAGGAGGGAAAUGGGGCGAUAAGAGCUACUACAGUCAUGGUGGUCCUUAUUGUUCUUUAGAGGUAGUGAUAUUGAAGCUUUAUUAUUAUUAUUUAUUUCUUAGCAGACACCCUUAUCCAGGGCGACUUACAAUUAUUACAAGAUAUCACAUUAUUUUUACAUACAAUUACCCAUUUAUACAGUUGAGUUUAUAGAGCAAUCUAGGUAAAGUACCUUGCUCAAGGGUACAGCAGCAGUGUCCCCCACCUGGGAUUGAACCCACUACUCCACACUGCUGCCCUGUUUUACCUUCCAGUGUAGAAGGUAAAACUGAAUUAGAGAAAGAUUCAGCAAGCAGAGAGCUUAUUAAAGGAGAUAGUUGAGAACUUAAUUUUUUAUAAAACCCCACGGGGAAACCCGCCCAGCCACAGUGAUAUACCACUUUGCAUCGCCCCUAUUGCAGAAGCAAUUUCAUCAUUGGUUCAGUGGUUCUUCCAAGCUAGCCUUGGACUGUGGAUCAACAUUGGGGAUGGUUACAUUUUCAAAAAAAGCAUUAAUUAGAGUAUCAUUCUCGGGAGAAUCAGAAGUAUAAAGAGACGAGUAAAAAUGUUUAAACUGAUUGUUGAUCGACAGGAAGUGUGCCCGAUUCAGUACGAAUUUCACCGAUAGUACGGGAAGCUAGUACGGCUUUGUCACCAUGUUUAUAGAUAUUGUAGCGCGAUUUAGUCAGGACCUGCUCUGCCUGUUUUGGGUCUGAAUUCCAUCUUUUUGUAAAGAUCAGGAGUUGGGGAAUGUUGCUGAUCAACCCAGUUUCUGCAGUUAAACGCACACCACACAAGUCUUCUCUCCUGUGUUGUGUGGAUGGGUCAUGUGAGUAGUCCAGACCCAAUGAGAAACUAUCAUCAUCUAUGGUUAAGUAAUACAAAUAAGUAAAUAAAUUAAACAUGUCUACUGGCGCCAGCAUUUAAAGUUGCUGGCGUUUUACAAGGUACCCUGACGCUAGAAUCUAGCACCAUAGUGCCAGAUUUGCACCCCUGAUGUAGCAUAUUGAUGUAGAAUUCUCCCAGGCAGUGCCAGAGACAGGAACUCUGAACUUCGUUUGUUUACAUGGGAUCUCCGCCCAGUGGUCAGCGGUCAGCAUACUAUUUUGCUUGAAUUACUGAGUGUGCACUCUUUGCAUUAACAUGUCUAAUAAAAUGUGGUAAAAUGCAGCAGUCAUGUAUGGUGUAGUUUAUAAUGAAAAUAAAAUCCUCAAAAAGUU